UCACUAUAAUGAGGCUCUCCCGCCAAUUAAAUUUUAAAUUUCCUUAGAUCCGCCAGUUCCCAAACUGUCUAGUGUAAUGUUAAAGGUAAAAGGAAAUGUUGUUAGUAGGCUACUUUAUAUCAUUAAAAAUAAUAUGCUCAUAAUUCUAUAAAAUAAUCACAAUAAUAACGAGAAGGUGAAACACUUGCAUAUUUGACAUACCAGACAAUAUGAAUGAUACCUUUGAUAAUAAUAUUCUAAUCAUGUGUGCUCUCCCACAUAAUCAAGAUCGUCGUGCUUUCAAAAUGGAGUAAAAAUUGCAAAGCAAAAUGUCAAUAAGGUUAUCUCUCCUGCUGUCUUUUAGUAAUAAUCUACUGGAAAAAGAAAUGGUGACAUAGCUACUAAAUAAUGGGUUCUAGAAUAAGAGACAAUGUGAGACACCUUUUUGAGUGUUUUUGUGAAGUAGUUGGACCUCAACCCAAUGGGGCUGAUCCCUGGAUUAUCCAGAAAUUCCCUGACAGCUACAGAGAUGAAGAGGUUCUUAAAUCUGUUCCAAAAUUUGCUUUUCCAUGCGAGUUUGACAACUCAAAUAUCCAGCACUACUCGUUUGUAUUAACAAACAUUGAUUCGAAAUGGACUUUCGGAUUCUGCAGGCAUGAUCCAAAGUCCGAGACUGCCUUGGUUGUUUUAAGCUUUCUCCCUUGGCAUGAGUCAUUCUACAAAUUUUUGAACAUAAUUUGCGAAUUAACUCAUAAUGCUCACUCUGAUGAUUUGUGGAAAUUCCUGGAAACUGUCUACCAGAGUCGAGUGCCGGAACCGGGAGCAACUCUCCAGGUUCCCACCUCAACGUCUCAUUCUAAAUUUGUAUGCCAAUGUCCAUGCCAGUUUUCUCUUCCAAGUAUACCAGAAAAUCGCAACCUGACUGAAUACUACAAUGCAGUAGACAGCACCAACAUGAUGGUGGUGUUUGCGUCAAUGCUGUACGAGCGUCGGAUGGUGUUUACGUCGCGGCGGCUGUACCGGCUGAGUGCGUGCGUGCAAGCGGCCAAUGCCAUCAUCUACCCCAUGCACUGGCAACACAUAUUCAUCCCCGUCCUGCCCCACGUUCUGCGCGACUACCUCUUGGCGCCCAUGCCCUUCCUCAUCGGUGUGCCCCACUCUGUACUGCAGAAAGUGAACCGACAAGAUAUGGGCGAAGUUGUGAUAUUAGAUGCCGACAACAAUACUAUAGAAACUCCGUUUAGUGAUCUAGAAAGUCUUCCACAGGAUGUAGUUAGGGAACUGAAAGCACAACUGAAGAACCGCGCCGCUCUGCUAGGCGACGGGGUGUCGCGAGCAUUCCUGCGGGCUCUCGUGCAGCUGAUCGGUGGCUACAGGGACGCACUCAAGUUCCACCAGGGAGAGAGCAUCAAGUUCAACGCAGACGCAUUCGUCGAGUCACGGCCUCCCUCCAUGCAGCCCUUUCUCCGCAAAAUGCUGCAGCUCCAGAUAUUCCAACAGUUCAUAGAAGAGAGGUUGGACAUGCUGAAUGCGGGACUUGGAUUUUCUGACGAGUUCGAAAUGGAAGCGUGCAACUACUCCGACAAGACCAGUUCACGCCUUAAACAGCAGUACAAAGAAUGGACCUACACUAUGCGAAAGGAGGGCACUGCAUUUCUAAAAAGCGUCAAAAGCAAGGCUAACCCUGCUAUGAAGUCUGCUGUCAAACAUGUGAAGGAGAGAGGCAAAGACGUGGGCAAGGCGUACAAAGGCAUUCGCUCCAAGUUGAAAGAGCUGCCGGCUCACAGCCAUAGCCGCACCUCUGAAGAAUUGCACAACGGCUCAGCUGCAGCCGACAGGUCGCCACGGCCGCAUACGGCUGCAUUCUACAGUACUGAGAGGUCGCCACGGCCGCAUACGGGUGCAUUCUACACGGCUACCUCCUCUUACAAGCGCGAUCUCAUGCAGUCGCGCAACCGAAAUUCCUCUGCUUCCGAAAUCAAUCAUUCAUCGCCUGAUCUUUCACCAUUGGACAUGGACCUAAUGGGAGACCUGCAAGAUGUCAUCUUCAGAAAUUGUUCUGCACUCAACGACAGUCCGCCGCAAAGUCCUGCUGUCGAUAGAACUUUGAAACCGGUUCGGAGUUUAGAAUCGUUUCCGGGUGGCAGUAGCACGGGGGCGACGACCAAUCAGGUGACAGGUGACGACCAGCAGUGGGUCACCUCUCACAUGCAGGCGCAGCCGCAAGCACCACUACCCACAAAGGCUGAACACAACCUGAUCCGCCUAGACUCGACGCCCAGUGUUGAAGAUCCGUUUGACCCUCUGCUGCGAGUGCAGGACUCGCCGCCGUCCAGCCCCGCUUCGCCCCCCACGCAGCCGCCGCUCAGCCUCGCCAAUCCGCUCUACCCCUACUUCCAGCCCGAGGCCACCGCAGUCGCAACCGGCGACGACUCUGAUUUGCUACGAGAGUACGGCCUUGACUUCAACAGUUUGUCCGUUCAGCGCACGUCCGCCGCCACCGGACAGGCCAACUGGACUAAGUUCGAUUAAAACAGGCCCAAUCCAUCCGCUUUGUCUAUUCAUUUGUACGUUUCUAAAUUCUGUUGUUAGUCAAUGACUAAAACAAACUAUUUUCAAUAGUUUGUCCUUGCAGUGCCUAUCGGACAAUGUUCGAUUAACACAGGCCCAGGUUAGCGAAUCACCUUUCUUCCUUAGUGUCUGUCUUUCAACAUAAAUGUGUCUGUUGAAAAAUAAACAUUUGUGGUCUACUAACUUCCUUAUAGUAAUUAAUUUGUAAAUGUUAAUAAACAUUUAAAUUAUGUAAUUUUGUGAAAAGUUAAUAGACAACGUUUCACCAAGCUCGAUCAAGACAUUUGAUCAUAGCCAAGCCGGGGCCGGAUCAUCUGCCAUAGGAAUGAUAAUGUUCCAGUAACACUCUAUGUAACCUUACCUCAGUGUGUAUACUUCAAUCUGUGAAUGUUGAAAUUCUUGAUGAUAGACAACCCAAACUAUCAGAACACCCGCUUCUUCCAUUAGUCGAUGAAUAAAAAUUUGUUGAUAAAUAUUUAAAAUAUCCAUAAACCACUUUAUCCAUAGUAAGAUAUUUGUCCAAUAAGAAGUAGUUGUUAAUAACAACUAAAACAAUCCCUUCAUCCAUACUGAUAUAAUAACCUACUGAUAUCAUCCAUACCCUUUCUUUCAUAAUUGUUGUCUUCCCUUUCUCUAUAGUCGUUGUCUAUUAACAAUUUAAAAGACAAAAAAAGUUCGAUUAUAUAGACAGCUUGAACUUUCAGAACUGUCUUUCUUCCAAGGUGUUUGUCCAUUAACAUAACUUUGUACAGCAUAGAUAAGCCAAAGAGUGAUGUUUCAUACUAUAUCAGCGAUAUUAGACAUUGUAUUAUAGUGUACAUUCCUUUCCAUUAAAUUAUUAUGAUGGAAAUUGUAUAAAACAAAAUAUUCUAUUCGAUAUAAUACUGGUCCUAUCAAUAGCCACCUAUUAGCCUGGCCACUAACUGUAAGACAUUAUGUUCAUCAUGCAUGUUUUGUCAUCAGCGAGAUGCUUCUAACAUAAAAUAAACCACUGGAAAAUUAUAUAUUGUAAUGAUAGAAAAAUAAUUUAAUCUCAAAUAAAGCAUAAGAAGAAUAAACAACAAUAAAUCGGAGAUUCAAAAAACCUAACCUCAAAAACUUUUACUCGAAGCCUUUUGCUGUGAUGACACCACAAUGUAAGAUGACAUGUCUAUCAUGCAGGUCCUGCCGAUAGUGGCCAGCCUUAGUAAAGCAUUUUGUACGCAUACAAAUCAUAGAGGCAUCCAAACCGUUUAAAACGGAAAUUUAUUGAUUGAUUCAUUACUGGUCCUGUAAAAAAUACAUUUUUAAAGCUAUUAAGCCUUUUGUCCUGGAUCAAAUAUAUGUUUUUCAUAAGGCUAGACGCAUAUUGCGACCCGAGUCUGCUAGAUAUACAUAUGAUUAUAUCAUAAUAUUCACAUUGAGACGAAGCAAGCACCUGUGAGCAUUAUAAUAUAAUCAUAUAUGUAUAUCUAGCAGACUCGGGUCACGUUGUGUCGCUUCUCAAUAUUGGUACUUCCCCAAUCAAUGAAUUGUGUUAAAUAAAUAGUAAAUUUGCUACUAGCCUGAACUAAGAAAAUAAAAAAGUUUGAAAGAAGUGUUAACAAAAAUAUUGAUUCAGUCAGUUUUGAAACAGCAGAUAAAACUGAAUUAGAAAAUAUAUUCAUAUUUUAAUAAUUCUAUUAUUUUCUCGAAACUCGAAAUUCCGUCGUGUAAAAAAGUGUUAAUACUGUACGGCGAAACCGAACAAAUUUCCAACUCAUUGCCUCAGCAUAUAAUAUAUAUAAUCAAAGGGUCAGUUGCACAAAAGCCAAUUACCGUGAAAUCAUUGUUCAUAUGUUCUGUUGGAUUACUUCAUUUUAAGUUGAUAAAUUGAUAAGGGAGUGAAGGUGUGAAACUGUCCCAAGUUAGUCUGUUCCGUAGUCUGUUCUUUCAAAGAUGUUCUCAUUUUAGUGUACUGCCUAGUCCCAUGUCUACAUGUUGGCCCAUUCGCUGGCCCAGCCUGCAAUGUGACCAGUGCCAAUGAAGGCCAGCGUUGGCAAACCACCCACCCAAACACUGGCACUGGUCGUCAUUGGGCCAACAUGUGGAUGCGGCAUACGAUGCAAAUAAAACUGUUUGUUAAAUUCUUAUCAUAGUUUCAUUCUUUAUUUUUUGUAAAUCUAUCUAUGGACAAAAGCUUUAUUCCAGUUGAAAUAUUUUGAUUUUCCUUAUGUGAAUGUAUCUAAUUAUCAUCAAUAGUAUUUUCGCGGUCAGAAAAUGUCAUAGUAGAAUAUUCGACUUGGUGCUUUAGUUCUAUUAAUUAAUGCAAUUACAUUAUUAGCAAUUAAAUUUUUUCAAGCUUUACUGAAAAAUACCCAUAUCUAUUAAUUUAUAUUUUCGAAAUGUUUGAAGUUUUUCGCAUUGAUAUUCGGCUCAGUUCCUUCCCGUUCUGUUGAUAUUACAUUAAGACUGCUUGUUGUGAAAUUAUAUUGGCUUUCAUUGAGUUCACUUAAAAAUAAAGUAACUAUUAUGAUUUAAUUAGCUGUAAAUAUAAAGUCACACACAUCACUUGUUUUAUAGUAUGUGUAAAAUAAGUUGAGACUUGGUCUUACAUCCGAAGAAAUUGCAGCGUUGCCAAAUUGUGUGAAAUUGGGACUUGUCUCAAAUUUCUAAUUUAGCCACAGAAUUGUAUGUAGAGUACCUAUCAUCUCCAAUAUUUCAGUUGUGCUAAAAAAGUUUCAGAGUUGAAGGGUUAAAAGGGAAUUCAAUUUUUUAAUGAAAAAGAAAACAUCGCAAAAUAAUGUUUUUCUGUUGAAUAUCAAUCUUCUCAGAAUUACUAAUAAUAGAAAUAAAGUCCCCUUUCUAUUGGUAUCUAGAUAAUUUUCAUCCGACUCAUUGUCAAUUUUCAAUGUUCAUGUUCGUCAAUGUCGAGUAGAAAACAUGACAUUUUUGACAUGCUACUUUUUGUUGCAAAAUGAAAGUAGAUGGUGAAAGCCAGAAAGUGGCUGAGAAAUAAUUGAAAUUAUUUUUUCAAUUGUAAAAAGUAGAAGAACGUAUUUUAACCACUCAGUAAUUUUAAAGUUAGGAAAGCGGCUGCAUGGUAUUCAUUGUGUCCUAAAUUGUAUGCUAAAGCUGGCAAUUUACAAGAUAUUUGACUGAAAUAUUUCAACUGCACGCAGAUGGUUGCAAUGAUAAAGGCUCCCAUGCAACACUGCUUGGAUUAUUCGAGGCAAGGUUGUCAUUUUCACUGUAUAUAUUCAUAGUUUGCCGUCGCUUUCAAGCAAUCUGUUUUUUGUUGGUCCCAGCUAUUGAAAGCAUAUGGUGCCAUACCAUUCAACCGCUAUCCUUGACUUUGAUGCUCCUGAGUGGUCAAACUAUGUUCUUCCUACUGAUUUUGACAAUUGGAAAAAAUGUCAAUUACUUCUGAGCAACUUUAUCCCUUUAACCACCAACUUAUCUUUUGAAACAAAAACAUUUCUUACAUGUCGAAAAUUUAAUGUUUUCUGCUUGAAUUUUCCCGGCAUUGACGAACAUGAGAAGAGUGUAUUCAAAAGACAAACAUAUUUUCGCGAUGUUUAAAUUCAUCAAAAAAUAUAACUUUCUAUUAACACUUCAACCCUGAAACUUAGCACUACUAGAAUAUCUGGAUAUUCUACAUACAAUUGUGUGGUUAAAUUAGAAAUUUGAGAAUGUCCAAAUUUCACACAAUUUGACAACGCUGAUAUUUCUUCGGAGGGUCUAGUGUCAACUUGAUUUAUACAAACUAUAGAUGAAUCAUUAAAUUGAUUACGCUCGUCAGAGAGAUUUGCUCAAAUUCAAUAAUUGGUUUUAAACAAGACUAGCAAUAAUUUUGGAUAACAUGUUUUAACCCUUUCUAAUCAUGAGAAUUGUUUCUUAUUUUAUGAUUCUAACGUAUAUUAUUUUCACAUCACAGUAUUUUCAAUCUUAAAUGGAUAUUAGAAUUCCCCUCAUAAAGCGCACAAUUUAUCAUAGAAGUUAUGUUAAGAGUUGUAAGCAAGUUUUAUAUAGCUGUAGACAACUGUUAUAGGAGAAGUAAAUUUACAGACUUAUCCGUGAUAAUUUGAAUAUUUCAUCACAAUGUUUGGUAAUGCAAUGAAGCCUCAAUUCUAAUCUUUAUUUUUGUUCUUAGUUGAAAAUCAAAUAAUGUCGUGUUUCAUUUCUCAACGUUUAUUUCUAAUUGUUCGCUCUCUAUUCUAUUUUUAGUACAACCUAAUUAUUGCCUCCUUCACUUUUCCUUAGAGAAUACUCUGACAUAAAAGCUCAUUUUUCUUUCAAUACAUACCAUGAGUUGAUCUCAAUUAUUGUUCAUUUACAAGAUUUUAAAUAUCUUCAAUAUUUAAAGGAAAGUAUUUUUUUCAUCUUAUUUACGAUAAUUUAUGUUUGGUUUUCUUAUUUUAAUUUUAGUAUCCUCAUUUUCAAAAUAAAUUUUUUACGUUAUACUGCCCCUCAAAAACCAACAUUUUAUUAUUUGUUGAUUAUUAUGCAAGCAGUAGUAAAAUUUUGUACAUUCUUGACCUUCCAAUUACAUAUUUAAGUUCAAAUCCAUUGUAAUUAUCAAAAAUGGAUAUAUUAUAUUAAAGUGAAUGUCAGUAUUUUGAUCUUCUCAACAUUAUUCUAUUUUAAUUUCUUUAUUUCUACUAGGUCUAUUUUCUAGUAAUUGUACAGUAUAAUUUAAGUUACUUUCGAAUUACUGUACAUUAUUAUAGAAUGGAUAUGUGAAUGCAGUCUAUUUCGGAAAAAAAUAAAAUGGCGGUAAUUCCAAAAUAGUCUGUUUCACUGCUCCACUCUUUAUUGUUAUAACAAUCAUAAUUGAUAUUAUAGCUCAUAUUAUUGACCCUGAUAUCUUAGUGGUGCAAGUUUUCUCCUGAACAUGCAUUUAGUAUUUCUAUAAACUAUUAUUAAUUAGCUGGAAACUAUUAUUGUUAUUCUACGUCAAUUUAGAAAUGGUGAUUUUAUAUAUUUAUAUGGACUGUGAUAUUGAUUGAAACAAUGUAAUCAACCAUUUUAUUUCUUGUUGUCUCACUGAAAAUCUUGAAAUGUGUUGAACCUUUGAAAUUGUUGAUGGGAAAUGGAAAUGAUAUGUUAUGUAAUUUUUUCAUUGUACAGUGUAAUGAGUGUAAAGUUGAUACGUACUAAGUCUAUGUGUAUAAAAAAUAUGUCCAUUAUCAGUAAUGUGAACAUAUUGUAUAUUUAUUAAAAUGGUUCUAAUGUUAGUGAUAGAAUCACUUGUUUUAUGAAAUCAAGUAAGGCCUAUUGAAAUCAUUUCAUUUUUCCUUUAUUCACACUAAUCAAUGAUAAAUUGAUAAUUAUAGUAGGCCUACAGUAUGUCUAUUCGUAUCGGUUAAAUACAUAAUAGCCAAAUUACAAUUUUAUGAAUUGGUUUGUUUCAGUUAUUUUGUGUUCAACAUGUUGAUAAAGUUAUUGAUAUAAUUAUUUCAUACUAUUAAAUUUUAAUACUGAUUUAUUAAAAUAAUAUUUUACUAUAACUAUUAGGGUUUAAAAAUAACUGCUAAUUCAAUUUACUUUUAAUUAUGAUUACAAUAAUAUGAUUGUUCCUGAUUACAAUAUAAUGUAAAUUAUUUUAUGACUGAACAGAAAUAUAUUAUGUAUAAUUAUAAUACUAAUAUUUAUAUUUUAAUCGGCUGUAAAAAUUGUAGAAAUCUACGAGUACACAGUACUCUGUUGCAGUUAAUUAUUAUAAUUGCAAACGUAAAGUUUGCGAUUCAGCAAUGACCUUUGUUCCUUCAAAAAAUUCAGCCGUAUUAAAUGCAAAUAAAACAUCAAUAUUAAUACCUAUGGAUUAGACAUCUAAUUUUGGUAUGUCUUCAUCUUAAUUCUUCAAAAUAGUUAUUUAUAAAUUCACUCGAAUAUAAUGAGUUCAGUUCUCUAAUAUAAAAGCCUCGUAUAUAAAAGACUGUAUGAAUUCUUCAACUUACUUGUUUAAUGGCAAUAAGAAGAGAUAUGAGUUACAAGAACAAAGCAAUAUGUUGAUCAAUGUUAUUUUUGUAGACAUGUUUUUAUUCGAUCAAUAGUGUAUGUUUUAUUAAAGAUACGACUACAGUAUUAAGUGUUACCGUAUACAGUAUACGGUAAUCAUAACUGUUCAUCUUUAA